UUAAAUAUGAAAGUUUGAAAAUUGAUAAUUUAAAUAAAUAAAGAAAGACAAAGAAAUGGAUAAUAAAUGCACUAGUAGUAUGUAUUAGCACCAUUGGAUAUUGUUAUAAUUGUUACCAUGGCAACCAUUGAUGUUACUGUUGAGGAGAUAGAGGGCGCUCCGUUACUCAUUAACCCGAAGGUCAAAGAGGUCAAACCGACAACAAGGUCAAGGUUAAACCUUGUACUGUGCAUUGUUUUAGCAAUUGACACUCUGUUCCAGCUUGUUGCCAUAGUAACGCCAGGUUGGAACGUUCAGAGGGCGGAACUAGGUUCGAGUCACGAGUCAGUGUAUUAUACCAUUGCCUGCGCAGACACGACUCCCUUGGAGAAUGUUUCCACAACUGUUUGCAAUACAUGGACUUUCCUAGAUGACUUUUCAAAAGCGUAUAAUACAGCAAAGGACUCUAAGAAACCUGCGCUUGUUGGUGUAUACAAUUUACGGGUUCGGUACCAGAUCAAUGUACAGAUCAGUUGGUUCAUUGUUGCUGGGACAACCGUCUUCCAAAUCAUCCGGUAUAUCCGGGCAAACGAGGCAUAUCCUAGGCUGACAGCUAUCAACGCCAUGCUGCUUUUAUGUGCAUGUUCAGCGAUGUACCAGGCUUUAUAUGAAACACUCGUGAAAUUGGACGUGACGUCACGACUUGCAGAAUAUCUUGGCGUUGAAAUCGGUUUUCCAUACAGUGUUCUUUUAUAUUCCAUCGCUUUUAUGCAAACUUGUGCAUGUACCGUAAUAGUUGUAAAACAGGUAUAUGAUUAUAUACGACACAUACAACUUGCUCUGUUAGAGACUAAAGUUCAGGUGAACACAUUACAAAUACAAUAUGAAGCAGAAGCAGAAGAAUUUAAACAUUAUCGUCUGCUACAAACUGAGAAAUCUCGUCUGAGAUGUCGGAGCCGGAAGUCUCACCAUAUCGGGAGGAAUUCGAAAACGGACAAAAAUCGUCACGGUCAUUCUACAAGACUUAAAUAUAUCGCUGAUCGUUCGCCAGUUUAUUCUGAAGGAGACAAUAGUGCAAAAUGUUUAGAGUUAUUGGACAUAUCGAGUGUCCAUUCCUCUGUGACGCAAGCUAAUGAUGAUCGGGAGAGCAUUGACAAUGUAAAUCAUUCACGUGACCUUUAUCACGGAAACAGUGACCUUUCCGAUAUAUCACGUGACUCCUCCUCUCAUCAUCACAGUAGUCAUGGUACACACAACAAAUCUGUUCGUCCACAGAAGUUAUCAACACGAAAAGAUCAAGACCAAGGUGAAGCGGGACACAUGCGUUAUAGUCAUUGCCUACCAAGACAGGAAAAUAAUGGUAACGCAACAGAAGCGAAGUCAUUCACUGGUUCAGUAAAGAAACACACAGAUACGAUAUCGAAUAAAUUGCUAGAAGAACAAGAAAAUAACAAAGGUAUUACUAAACAGGGAAAAAGUGCAGUGGAUAAUAGCAAAGGAGCAAGUGAUGGUAAACCUUUACAAAAAGACUACACUAGUAGAAUAGUGUCUGCAGAUGUUCAUAUACCAAGCAUAGACGGCGAGGAAAUAAAAGACUAAAUUUUCACAGCGAUCUGCGUAACCAAACGCUUUGACACUAGUACUUGUGAUUACUUUGUAAAUGUAAGCUGUUUUCUGCUAGACUAGUGUAUAUGAGCUUUACAUAAGAUUCAAAAUGAAAUUCAAUCUAAAUAUAUAAUUAUAUUGUAGUUAAAUUCUAGCCACUUGUGAUUUUGUGGAUAAUGACUCACUCAAACAUUUCGGCUAUUGUCAAUA